GCUAUAAGUAAAAGUUACACAUACAUGUUAUUUUAUCCUGGUAAAGGAUAAGUUGCGGUUACGCAUAUACUUUGUUACUCAUUGUUAACGUUCAAUACACCUACAUCUACAUUAUUAUUUGUUAAACGUUGACACACGUUUAUUUAACAAUACAAAAUGGGAAAGGGAUUUAAUAAUUACAUGUGCAAAAAAUUUUUCCAUCCUGCAUCCCGAGACAACUUGAAACGAGUAUGGAUGGCUGAACAACAAGCAGAGGCUUAUAAGAAAAAGCAAGAAGAAUUACGUGUUCAAUAUGAAAAGGAACAGGAUCUUCACAAUAACAAAGCUUUGUUGAGUAAAGAAAGCAAGGAUAAGCUUAGUGUAAAUUUUAUGUAUGAACCACCACCUGGAGCAAAAAAAGAAAGAGAGAAAGAAGAUAAUGAGCCAGAGUAUAAAUUUGAGUGGCAACGCAAGUACAAUGCACCAAGAGAAAGUUAUUGUAAAGGAGAUAGCGAAAUAAGAGAUCAACCAUUUGGUAUUCAAGUACGAAAUGUUCGUUGUAUCAAGUGUCAUAAAUGGGGACACAUAAAUACAGAUAAAGAAUGUCCUCUGUACAGUCAAGCAAUGAGCGUAGUAAUGGCAAAUAAUUCACCAAGUACAUCUGCUCCAGAUGCUUUAGCUUUAGUACAACAAAUGAGAGAAGAUGGAUUAGCACUUAAAAAAUCUGCUCUUAGUGCUCAACAACAUUUACGAGUCCCUGAGCAUGAACAUCUUAUGGUAUCAGAUGAUGAAGAGCAAUCUGAAAUUACAUUCUUGAAAACCUUGUCUAAAAAAGAAAAAAAGAAGUUAUUAUUGAAAUUACAGCAACUUGAGAAAAAAACCAAAAAAGCGGAGAAGAAGAAAUUGAAAGAGAAACGAAAUAAACGCAAAAGAAAUAAUAGCGAAUCAGAAACUGACAGUAGUAGCAGCAGCAAUGAUAGCUGUAGCGAUAGUAAUACUAAUACUUCGAGUGCUAGCAUCAUAAGUAGUAAUAGUAGCUCCGUGAAUACCAUUGAUAAAUCUUUAAAUGAUUACACAUCAAAAAAACUUAAGAGGAAACAAAAGAAAAAGGAAAAAGCAGAUUAUAUUUCAAAUGGUGACUCUAUGAAUCGUCAUCGGAAAAAAGAGAAAGAUAGAACAGGUAAUCAGAAGAGAAGAAGUGAAUUUAAACAUGAAAGGAAACCCAAAUACAAGAAAUAUUAUGGUAAAGAUGUGAAAGAAAGUAAAAAUAAAGAUCGUUCUAUGUACAGCAAAAGAAAGUUCAUAGAGUUUAACGAAGACAAAAUCAGUGAAAGUCAAAACAAAAAGAGAAUUAAACGAUCUUAAAAUUAAAUGUAUUUUUCCAUAUCAAAAAUAUACGCGUGGUAUAAAGGUGCACGCUGUAUUUGGUAUUCACGUAAGUUGUGUGGAGUACAAGAAGUACGAUAUAUACAUAGUGAGUCACAUAUUCUAUGUCAUUCCAGCAGAUAUUAAUUGCAUUCCUUUUCAUAUGCUUUACAAUCAAAAUCAUAACUCUCAGUGUGAAAGUUGAGAAUUUAUGUUAUACAUGUACACAAAAAUAUUUCGUAUACCGUGACUUAUCUUUCAAAACUAUAAAUGUUUCAACAAAUAUGCUCAAUAUCUCAUUUCAGGUGCAAUAGUUUAAUCUGACUCACCUUGUAUAUUCAUAUAAAUGAAAUAAAUAGCACAAUAUAUGUAACUAUUAAUAAAUUUCAAAUGAACAAUAGAAAUAAUAGUUUCAUAAAUAUAUAUUUCAGGUGGAACAAGAUUGUUUAAAGAAAUUUUUUACACAAAUGUUA